AUGUUGGGCCUUCGGUAUGCUAUAGGCCUCGAUAGAGCGCGUGAUCUGCAAGAUAACAAACGCUCGGUAAGACCUAGAGCACCGGUGUGGUACCGGCCGAAGGCUCUCCGAUGCUUGAGUAAGUACGGAUUUUGUAAAGUUGAACUACAGAUCAAUAGGCCGUAUGCCACAUUGAUUAUGGGCUUACCACGUGUCUUAGAGGAGGAGGUUGCCCUAAUCGUUGGAUCGGUAGGCUGGGUGCCGAAGGCUACUAUAGACCCAAUCUUGUCCACGCGUCCGAUUCUCAUUGGCCGCUCAUUUUGGGAAAUGCUACCCUAUCGUUCGGUAACUCGGUGGAUGGAGAGGCUCAAUCUUGGCACUUCCGUGCAUUCCCGUUCGGAAGCUAACGUCGGGGGAGUCAGAAGAGCUAAUGGCAAUCGAGGCGAUUUCUGGCGAGAGCUAACGGCAAUCAAGGCGAUUUCUGGUGUAGCAAACGACAAUCACAGGCAUUUUGUCUUAGAUCAGCACUGUGAGUCCAGCGCUGGUCAGCAGCCGAAGGCCUCCACAUCUGGUCGUGGGGAAGCAGCUAAUGGACCGUCUCCCUGUCCGAGGGUAUCGGUAGUCUUCCCCAGCAACCCUAGGGUACUGGUAGGGGUGCCGAAGGAGCACCUGUUCGGUGUAGACUACUUAGAGCCAAAUAAGAUCACCGAACGGGAGAUAGCCAAAUACCGUGCUGAGUACCUAAUCUCGGAUUCAAUAAGGAUGAGGAUCCCGACGCCUACCGAAUCCCUUAGCAAGCCGAAGGACGGCGAGGUCGUUUUCUUUACCGAUGUCCUUCUCCAAGGAGUUCGGUUGCCGCUGCAGCCGGCAGUGCAGAGAAUAUUGGCACAUAUCCGCUAUGCGCCAGGUCAAUACAACCCUAACUUCUGGGUAACGCUGAUAGGGGUAAUCGCUGUGUUCGACAUUGCCGAGGAAGGAGAACCUUCCUAUGAACAGUUCUCCUACCUCUACAGCAUUACUAGGUCUAAGAGUGCCGAUCACGGCGGCUGGGUUCAGGCCAAUUGCUUGAAGGCUUCCGAACAUGGCCAUUUUGUCAGCUCCAUGCUGACCUCUCAGAAGUCGUGGAGCAAAUUGAAGCAGCCGAGUCCUACGCAGUCUAAGAUUCAGCAGAUCGACAGGGUGAGGCUGAAAGUCCCUGCCGUCGAGAGGGUGUACCCCCAGUUUCUCUUCUCCACGAACUUGGUUAAAGCCAGACUUGCCAAUCCUGCCGAAAUGACGGAAGAGAGGAAAGUUGCCGAGGCGAGAAGAAUGAAUGAAUCCUCCAAGCGGCGCCUGAUGAUGGGCCUGCAAGGGAAAAAGGCGAAACGACAGGCAGAGGCAGUGCCGGUUCCACAGAUCAACGCCGGGACGGCAUCUGCUGGCGUGGCAGUGGUUAGCGCUACGCCAAGACGAGGGCAGACUACUGACGCCUUCUCCUCCAAGGCCGAAGGAAAAAGGCCGAUGACGAUGGAUCUAGAGGCGGAGCCGGCGCCCAAGCGGAGUCGGCAAAGAGAAGUGUCGAGGGUUAUCCUUGCCGCCGAGGAUGAUGGGACCCGGCAUAGCCAAUCACGAUCGCAUGUCCAUCGAAGGCAGUCCAAUUUGCGAACCACAUGA